CCUAGUUGUUCAAUAAUUCAGCUGCAAGAUUAAAGUUAGAUGACAAUGAAGCCCCCAAGCCUCAUCCUCCUCAUCCUCGCCAUCACAAUGCCGACAUCGUUGACCUAUGCCGGCCAAAUGCCCGACCGAAUCCACCCCCUCCGGACACAAGCUGGCUCCGGCGGCCACCGCAUCCCGGGUGUCUCCUGCCUGAGCUGGCGGCUGGCGGUGGAGACCGACAACAUCCGGGACUGGGACCUGGUCCCCUCGUCCUGCGAGGGCUACGUCGGGCACUACAUGCUCGGCCACCAGUACCGCAAGGACUGCAACGCCGCAGCGUGGGCAGCGUACGACUACGCCAAGGGGCUGACGCUCAAGAAGGACGGGAAGGACGUGUGGGUCUUCGACAUCGACGAGACCUCCCUCUCCAAUCUCCCUUACUAUGCCCGCCCCGACAAUGCAUUCGGGGCAAAGGAGUACAACGAGACGACGUUCAAGGAGUGGGAACUGGAGGGCAAAGCACCGGCGGUGCCAGCGAUACUGGAUCUGUACAAGAGGCUGCUGAAACUAGGGUUCAAGAUCGUGUUCAUCUCCGGCAAGUCCGAGAGCUUGAGGUCCAUCACCGUCUACAACAUGAAGAAGGUGGGCUACUACACUUGGGAGAAGCUCAUCCUCAAGCAAACAUCAGAAUCUGGGACGACAGCAAUGGUGUACAAGUCGAAGGAGAGGAAGGAGCUCGAAGAGGCGGGCUACAGAAUCCUGGGGAACAUGGGCGACCAGUGGAGCGAUCUGCUGGGGACUCACGUCGGGAACCGCACAUUCAAAGUCCCGAAUCCGAUGUUCUACAUCGCCUGAACCUCGGAUCACUGUCCAAAGUAUUCCAGCUUCGAUUAAAAAUAUGUCUGAACCUAUGCCCCAAUAAUUUGUGGUAUUUGAAAGGCCGAAUGCUUA